AUGGCAUUCGGCAUUGGGUUCGCCUGGCUCGGCGUGCACGACCCGUCGAAAUGGCAAGUGGCUGCCGGGCUGUACAUCGUUGGACUCAUCUGCUACCAGCUCACUCUCACCUACUGGACCGCUGCCUUUCCUGCGCUAGCCCGCAAUACCCCGAGGAUACGAGAGAAAGCUGCGGCGUACGCUGCUGAGGAGAUUGGGCAGGUUGACUACGACCGGGAGGACGAGGUCGAGCGUAGCCGACUCAGCAAUGUCGCCUUCUGGGUCCAGAGCAUGGGCGAGGUCGUCAUUCUUGCCAUCAUCGUCGGGAUCCUCUUCGGUAUCGACGUCAACGCGAGCACCGAGGCCAACAAUUGGGGCCUGUCUGUCCUCAUCGCGUUCGCGACCGGAGUCUGGGUACUCCUGGCCAUACCUUGGUUCCUCCUGGAGAAGAAGCGUCCCGGACGCAAGAUCCCCGCCGGCAAGAACAUAUUGAACGUUGGCUUGUGGCAACUCUCGGAGGGUGUGAGACAGAUCUGGCAUCUGAAGCAAAGUCUGAUCUUCUUGGUUGGCUACUUCCUGCUGGGCGACUCGCUCAAUACCACCGUAACGGUCAUCGCAACGCUGCAAAACGAGAUAGUGGCCUAUGAUACUUUGAAACUGACUUACGUCUUGAUUGUGGGCAUAGUAGCCCAAGGUGUCGGCAUCGGAGUCUACUGGCUGAUCCAGAAACGCUUUCAGCUCAGUGCGAAGACCAUGUUCGACGCCGUGAUGGUUGGCAUUGUCCUCCUCGACGUCUGGGGGAUGAUCGGCAACUGGACCGCCAACUUCGGCUUCAAACACAUAUGGGAAAUCUGGCUGUACCAGGUCUUUUACGGCCUGUUUGUGUGUCCGUGGUACUCGUACUCCCAAAUUCUGAUAUCCUCGGUCACGCCUCGUGGCUACGAGUUCCUGUUCUUCUCGCUGUUCACCAUCAUCGGGAAGACGUCCUCGUUCAUUGGCCCCCUGGUGAGCAGCGCGAUUAUCGACGCGUCGCCGGGCGGCAGCAAUACGAGCGCACCGUUUUACUUCCUGUUUGCGCUCACCUUGGUCAGUGCUUGCGGGCUUUGGUUUUUCUUAGAUCUUGAGAAGAGCGCGCGGGAACAGGAGGCUUUCUUGGCUCUUGAGAACGAAAGGAUGGAGAGGGAGGGUGCAUAG